GUCUACCGCUCACGCAGCUCCCUCCGCGGCAGGAACUGCUGGCAGGUUAAGCCUUGGAGGUGGAUCUUGGAAGUUGGUUCAGCUGCCUGACCCAAUGAAGGACCCUCCACCUGGCUCCAGGCGGUGACUUCUCAGGGUGACUUCUAAGGAAGAAGAUGGCUUCCCGGGGACAGGUGCAGACAGUGCCGCUCCUGCUGGGUCUGCUCCUCCUGGUUCAAGGUGCCCGUGCGGGAGGCUUCCGGGAAGACUUCCGCUUCUGCGGCCAGCGGAACCAGACGCAGAAGAGCAGCCUCCGCUACACGCAGUCGACAGAGCUGCACAUCUCCAUCCAGAACUCCGAGGAGGCCCUCACAGUGCACGCCCCCUUCCCUGCACACUCCUCGGCUUCCCAGUCCUUCCCUGACCCCAGGGGCCUCUACCAUUUCUGCCUCUCCUGGAACCGCCACAUGGGGAAAUUGCACCUUCUCUAUGGCAAGAACGACUUCUUGCUGAGUAACCAAGCCUCUAAGCUCCUGUGCUUCUGGAAUCAGAAGAAGAGCCUGGCCCAGGGUCCCCUAAUGCUCGCCACCUCUGUCAGCUCCUGGUGGAGCCCCCGGAACACCAGCCUGCCCAGUGCUGCUGGCGUCACCUUCUCCUUCCACGAUCCUCCCCAGAAGGCCUCCCACAAUGCCUCGGCGGACAUGUGUGAGCUGAAACGGGACCUCCAGCUGCUCAGCCAGCUUCUGAAGCCCCCCCAGAACUCGAGGAGGCCCUCAGCCACCCCCACCUCCUCCAGCCGGGAGCUGCAGAGCCUGGAGUCGAAGCUGACCUCCCUGAGGUUCACAGGGGACACAGUGUCCUUCGAGGAAGAUCGGGUCAACGCCACAGUGUGGAAGCUGCAGCCCACAGCCGGCCUGCAGGGCCUGCACAUUCACUCCGGGCAGGAGGAGGAGCGGAGUGAGAUCCUGGAGUACUCAGUGAUGCUGCCCCGCGUGCUCUUCCAGAACAGAGGCCGGAGCGGGGAGGCUGCAAAGAGACUCCUCCUGGUGGACUUCAGCAGCCAAGCCCUGUUCCAGGAUAAGAAUUCUAGCCAAGUCUUGGGUGAGAAGGUCUUGGGUAUUGUUGUGCCUCACACCAAAGUAGCCAACCUCUCAGAGCCUCUGGUGAUCACCUUCCAGCACCAGCCACAGCCGAAGAACAUGACUCUACAAUGUGUAUUCUGGGUUGAAGACUCGGCAUUGAGUAGCCCAGGGAGCUGGAGCAGCGCGGGGUGCGAGACCAUCAGGAAGGAGACACAGACGUCCUGCUUCUGUGACCAUCUGACCUACUUUGCAGUUCUGAUGGUGGCCUCCGUGGAGGUAGACGCCGUGCACAAGCACUACCUGACCCUCCUCUCCUACGUGGGCUGUGUCGUCUCUGCCCUGGCCUGCGUGCUCACCAUCGCCGCCUACCUCUGCUCCAGGAGGAAGACUCGGGAUUAUACCAUCAAGGUGCACAUGAACCUGCUGCUGGCCGUCUUCCUGCUGGAUGUGAGCUUCCUGCUCAGCGAGCCGGUGGCCCUGACCGGCUCUGAGGCUGGCUGCCGGGCCAGCGCCAUCUUCCUGCACUUCUCCCUGCUCGCCUGCCUCUCCUGGAUGGGCCUUGAGGGCUACAACCUCUACCGACUUGUGGUCGAGGUCUUCGGCGCCUAUGUCCCUGGCUACCUGCUCAAGCUGAGCACAGUGGGCUGGGGCUUCCCCAUCUUCCUGGUGACACUGGUGGCACUGGUGGACAUUAACAACUAUGGCUCUAUCACCCUGUCUGUGCACAGGACUCCAGGGAGUGUCAUCUAUCCUUCCAUGUGCUGGAUCCGGGACUCCCUGGUCAGCCACAUCACCAACCUGGGCCUCUUUAGCCUGGUGUUUCUGUUCAACACGGCCAUGCUGGGCACAAUGGUGGUGCAGAUCCUGCGGCUGCGUCCACACACCCAGAAGUGGCCCCACGUGCUGACACUGCUGGGCCUCAGCCUGGUCCUCGGCCUGCCCUGGGCCUUGGUCUUCUUCUCCUUUGCUUCCGGCACCUUCCAGCUUGUUGUCCUCUACUUCUUCAGCAUCAUCACCUCCUUCCAAGGCUUCCUCAUCUUCCUCUGGUACUGGUCCAUGCGGCUGCAGGCCCAGGGCGGGCCCUCCCCUCUGAAGAGCAGCUCAGACAGCACCAGGCUCCCCAUUAACCCGGGCAGCACGUCGUCCAGCUGCAUCUAGAUCGUCAGCCCGCCAUCCCGUGUGAGGAAGUGGAGAUGCCGCCUCUCCUCACCAUUGCCUGCGGCCCCUGCAGCCGGACCUGGCUGUUGGCAUGUCAGCCGGAAACUUGAGUAGACCCGAGAACCUCAGAGUUGGAACUGUCGCCAUGGCGGCCUGACUCCCAGGCGGGCCUUCUGAACUGGCCUGCAGACCAUGGGGCUCUCAGGUUCAGCUCCCAAGGGCCCCAGGGGUGGGACCAUCCUUCUGGCCAUCCUAACCUGGGGCUGAAGGCCAGCCCUAACUCACCUGCACUGGGCUCAGCCCUCGUGGCUGGGGGCUGGGAGCCCGCAGGCCCCAGAGUCAGGCUGUGGGCCUUGGAGGCCUGGCAGCGUCUUUGACCCUGUGCCCCUACCCAGGACAGAAAUGCACCAUGGCUACUCUGUUUUUGGUGCUCACCAGGAGGCUACUUUGCAGCCCCUGCCAUUUUAUCGCAAGGGUGGCAUCCAGGGCAAAAGGGGUUGGACCAAGCUUCAGACCUCUGAAGGAGGACCCCCGCCCCAGCACACAGCAGCUGUCCCGCCUCUGCGCUCAGGGCUUCGUCCUCUACCAGCCUCCCCAGCCCACCCUCCGUCCCCUGUCCUCCACUCAGCUCAGAGUCCCCAGUCUAAUGGUGCCCGGUGCCUGCUGUAAACCUUUAUCUACUGCAUGGGCCUUUGCUGGCCCUGACUCAGGCUUAGUGUAUAUGUUCCCGACCAGGUCCAUUUGUCCAUCUGGGCCUCUCUUUAAGCUGCAUCGCCACUGCCAAGCCCAUAUCUCUCAGGGGACCUCAGCCUCCCCAAAGCCUUCUGGUGGCAAGAACUGUGGAGCAUAGCAGACUACAUUUGUUUCCACCCCAGCACUCUGAAGCCUGGGACAUAUCUCCCCUGUGACACUGGCUUAGAGCCUAUCAGUUCAUCCUGCUGGACACAGAUGGUCAAACCUGGCCGCUCCCCCUGUGAGCUCAGUCUAGUGUGUGAGGCGUGUAUGAGAUGAGCUCCUGGAGCUACAGACAUAGGGUCAGGGGAGCCAUUCUCCAGGCUGGGACUCCUGGAAGACUUCCUGCAGGAGGCAGCAUUUGAUCUGAAUCUCAGCCUUAACCAUGGGGAGGAUUUUCUUUUUGAUUACUAAUUCAUUUGUCUUUGAUGUUAAAAAGAAGUACACGUUCACUGUAGAGAGUUUGGAAACUGUAGAAGAGUGUAAAGAAGAAAAUAAAAAUCAGCU